CUGGUAAUUACUUCUCCUUAUCCUCCAAGAUGCUUAAACAAAAAGAUGAAAAGUCAACGGGAUGUCAUACUCAGUCAAAUAACUGCAUUUUGUUUCUCUUUCAGACAAAAUGCAACGAGCUGUGAUUUUCCUGACACUGGCGACCCUCGCCGUGGCCGAGAGCGACUUCUCUGAGAAAUACUCCUUCACUAAGGUCAUGGCAAGCUGUUUCGGCCAAGAUACCUAUUACAAAUAUUUGGCAACAGUUGGCACCGCCCAGAGGGAGUGCCAACAGCUCCCUGUGUCAAGUCUGCAGACAGUUGGUUACCCUGUCUAUCCACAAUCUGGAUACCUACACAGCCAAGAUGGCUAUUCCCCAUACAUGCAACAUCCUCCCUACCAACAAGGGCAUUCAGGACCAAUCCUUGGGUCAGCACAAGGGUAUCCCCAGUACCACGGAACACCACAAGGGUAUCCCCAGUACCAAGGACCAUCACAUGGGUAUCCUCACUACCAACCACAAACUUAUCCUCAGGAACCAAGUGUACCUAUCUACUAUCCUCAACAGCACGGACAACCACAGACCUAUCCUCAAUACUCUGGCGUUCCAAACGCUUAUCCUCAACAUCAUGGACCAAGGAGCUACUCUCACUAUUUACAGAAACGCGAAUCAGUAGGACCAGCUUCUACAGUAGCUCCAGUAUCUACAGAAGCUCCCUUAAAGAAGCCUUUCUUCGACCAGUACUACCUCCUGGACGCUGUCAGCACCAUCACCGCCUCCCUCAGCAACUACACCUGCGUCCUCCAUAAACUGGGUUUCAUUGACCAAUACCUGAACUUACGCGUGGACAACUACAUCCAGUACUUCAACAUAAAAUCAAUUAGCCAAGAACUCAAGAAGGAUUUGGCUGAUGGAGCCGCCUACUGCAGGGAUUUAACUUCCUGCCUCCCUCUCGAAAGGCUCAAGUCUCCUCUCCCCCUGAACCUGCAACGUCUCCUGCUGGAGAUGAAGUGUGAAAAAGAGACCAGGACCGACGCCUGCUUCAAAGAGGCCCUCAGGAAGAACAUCCACGAGUUCAACCUCUCUCUCUUCCCCAAGAAUGACACUCAGGAGAGCAAACUCGACAAACACUCCGCCAUCGUCUUGGAGGCAGAUUCACUUGAUGAACUACAGAUUAUUUAGACUAAAUAUAAUUUCCA